UCAUCCGGGCCAGCGCCGAACCUAAAGGAACACGCGAGAGGAUCCAUGGCGGAGGGCAACCAUUUCUUAAACAUCCCCCAACAAGAGGGUCUUUUCACCACUAUAAAGAGCGGUCGAAGCGAGGACCGGCGUGACUGUGAGGCGGAGGAUGAGGACGAUGAAGAAGCCGAGGAAAACGUUCGGCUCAUACCGCGGUGCUCCCCGAUCCCUAGAAAGCGCGGAUCCUCUAUUAUAGACGAGACUGCGGAAUACAUGCGGAUCCGUCUGGUUCUGGCCAGGAGAGUUUCAUUCGCAGAUGCUUCAGGAGCAGAUAUAGCAGACGUGAGAGAAUUCGUCCCGUUCGAUUCCGACGAGGAAGACGAUACAUGGGAGGAAGAAGAGGAGAAGUUGCGCAGAUCGUACCAGGAGCCCGUGUACAGAGUGUGGCCCGAGUUCCCCGUGCAUACUGCGGAUGAGCUGAUCCACUCGGUCCGCGCUAAUAAAGUAGAAGUGGAGAGUGUAACAGCUGUACCGGAGGAUCACCUGUCUUUCGAUGUGCUCAUCUGCGUCCUUAACGUUUCUUACCACAAAUCCGUCUUUGUCCGAUCCACUAUGGACGGCUGGAUCACUCACACCGAAUCUCCAGCCGAGUAUGUACAAGAUUCCAACGAUGGAGACACUGACAGGUUCUCAGCCAGGCUCUCCUUCUCACAGCCGUACCUCUUCAACGGAGCCAGAAUCGACUUAGUGGUGCGCUAUGAAACCUCUGAUGGCGAGUUUUGGGCAAAUAAUUCAAGGAGAAAUUACUCAGUAACCCUCCUGGUUUCGUAUGAAGAUGAAAGCCAGGUGAAAGACGUAGUAGAAGAUCGAGAGAUUAGGGGCAUACUGAAGCCUCCAAGACACAGGAUGGAGUAUAUCAAUGACCUUUCUCAGGACCAGGAUGAAGAUGACUCGGAAAGUGAAGAGAGACCAGCAGGUGUUGCGGUUUCUUCCUGUGUUUGUCCUCUCGUCAUUGAGCCGGAGAUCGACAUUGAGCUUAUUGAAGCUUCAGCAAGAUCUUAGAUUGCUGAGGUUAAAUCUGUUUCUACUUCUAAAACGACAGAAGAACCUAACCCAGCCCAGUGCAAUCUGCCAAGUGUU